AGCUCCCGGCGGCCCCUUUGUGUGGGCACCAGUCGCCGGCCGCGCUCCCGAGAAGCCGCCGCCGCCAUUUUGUGCGCGCCCUGUGCUCGCCCCCACCCCCGCCCGCCUUUCCGCGGGAGCGGCGGCACCGGGGAGGCCCCGAUUGCGCUGCCGGGCCGCUGAGGCGGGAGCGGAGGCGCCGCGCCGCGCCCAGGGACCCACCGCCGGCGGCCGCCGCAGCCCUGAGGUCGCGCUGCUCGCGGCGGGGGGAAGAGGCGGCAAGACGGAGCAAGGGGGGAAAAAACCUCCGGAGCUGCUGCCCCCGAACAGGAGGAGGAGUCUCGGGGCCAGGCCCAGGCGCGGCGGCGGCGGCGGCAGCGGCGGCGGCAGCAUGGAGAACUCGCAGCUGUGCAAGCUGUUCAUCGGCGGGCUGAACGUGCAGACCACGGAGGCCGGGCUGCGGGAGCACUUCGCGGCCUACGGCACCCUCACCGACUGCGUGGUCGUGCUCAACCCGCAGACCAAGCGCUCCCGCUGCUUCGGCUUCGUCACCUACUCGGCGGUGGAGGAGGCGGACGCCGCCAUGGCCGCGUCCCCCCACGCGGUGGACGGGAACGCGGUGGAGCUGAAGCGGGCCGUGUCCCGGGAGGACUCGGCCAAGCCCGGCGCGCACGCCAAGGUGAAGAAGCUCUUCGUGGGCGGCCUGAAGGGGGACGUGGGUGAAGGGGACCUGGUGCAGCACUUCAGCCAGUUCGGCCCCGUGGAGAAGGCCGAGAUCAUCGCCGACAAGCAGAGCGGGAAAAAGCGCGGCUUCGGCUUCGUCUACUUCCAGAACCACGACGCCGCCGACAAGGCGGCCGUGGUCAAGUUCCACCCGAUCCAGGGCCACCGCGUGGAGGUCAAGAAGGCCGUGCCCAAGGAGGACAUCCAGGCGGGCGGGGGCGGCGGCGGCUCCUCCAGGCCCUCGCGGGGAGGCAGAGGAGGAGGAGGAGGAAGGGGCCGGGGCGGCGGCGGCUCCGGCAACCGGGAUCACAACGGGCUCUCCAAAGGGGGCGGCGGCUACAACAGCUACGGCGGCUACGGCGGGGGCGGAGGCGGCGGGUACGGCUCCUACGGCGGCGGGUCCUACGGAGGCGGCGGCGGAGGGGGCGGCGGCGACUACGGCAACGGGUACGGCGGGUUCGGCAGCUACAGCCAGCACCAGUCCUCCUACGGCCCCAUGAAGAGCGGCGGAGGAGGAGGAGGAGGGGGCGGCAACUGGGGGGGCCGCAGUAACAGUGGACCGUACAGAGGAGGUUACGGUGGGGGAGGCUACGGGGGCGGCUCGUUCUGAGCUUGGAGUGCCCAUACCCAUUGAGGAGGGAGGCGUGGAGAGCCCUCCCUUCGAUACGGGGCAGCUUCUCAAUGGUUUCUCCCCUCACCCGCCGAACGGCAGCUCCUUUUAAAUGCCUCCCUGCUGUGGGAGCGGCUCCUAAAUGCCCCCUGAGGGUCGCCUCUGCUGCCUGUGCCACUUCGUUCUCUCUGAAGAUGGACUGGGCCCCACAUACACAUACUUUGUGUUACAGUCAUUGAUGGACUCUAUUUUUUUAUUAUUACUUGGACCUUGGUCGUUUUUAUACUAGCAACGAAAAAUGUCUUGUUUUAAUUUGUUUUUUGGGGGGGUGCGGGGUGGGAAAUGUCUUGCUGAUCUGGAGUAAAAACUGGGGAGGGAGAGGGGGGGAAUUUCCUUUGUUGUAAGGACUCGAUACCUGGCUACUACGUUUUUUUCUACAAAAGCUACUCGGAUCCCAUGACUGACUUUAACAUUUCUGUAAAGGAGGAAAAAAAAUGGUUUUUACGUUUUUUAUUUUUUAAAUAAAUCAUUGUGUUCAUUGACCUUUACACGUCUAAUUUUUUUUCCUAGGAUCAAUUCCGUACGGUUUUCAGGCUUUUCUAGGUUUGAAGCAAGUGUUCUUCUGCUUUAAAAAUCUCUGUGUACUUAGAGUAAAUAUUUUGUUGCCGGUAAAGGUCCUAACUGAACUUUUUUGCUAGUGGCUUUCAAACACUUGACAGAGAAAUUUUUGAAGUACUAAUCCGUGGAUGUGGUCUGUUUUUUAAAUUCUCGUUCUCACUUAGUUCGUGUGCAUCCACCAUCUUGUACUAGGCAGUUUGACGUGCUGACAUGGUUGGUCAAUUUUUUUUCUAUAGGAUUUUUCCAUCAACGUAUGUACUGUGUAGUUUUGAAGAAAUAGUUUGUGUUAAGCAUGUGCUUCAUUCAUAUAAAAUGUUCAGAAUUUCCGAUUGCUUAGUUUUCAAGUCCUCUUAUGGGUUUGUCUGUGUGUGAUUCCUUCCAGGAAAGGGUCGACAUUUGUCCCUUCUAUUUAACACGUACUUGUUUUCAUAGUACCGGGUUAACAGACUUUUUCACUCGGAACUAUUGUCCUUCCUUAAACUUCCCGGCGAAUUCUCGCAGCUCCAUCUGCUGUCGGGAUGGCAGCUCCGUGCUGUGGGCUUCCUUAAAACGGGAGCAAAACCGGUUUGCUAACAAUUGUACCAGACUUUUGAACGUUAUUUUAUGCCACCCGAUUGGUGUAGAGUGCAAUGACAUCUGCACUGUGAAUGAAGAUGGGCUCUGUGAGUACUGACUGGGGGGAAAAAAAAAAAAGGAAUGGAUUUGCAAUACCUGCCUCAGCACGUAAUUUUUUUAAUAAUAAUUGCAGUUGCCCAUAUUUCAGAAAGUGGUAAUCUAAACUCCAUGGGCAAAGUGCUCUGAGAACUGAGCCAGCAAGUGUACCAGCAAUAUAGGUGCCAGUUGUAAAGCAAAAAUAUCUGUGUAGUCUGCUUGAUUAACAAAUGUAUAUUUGUAGCCCUUUCACGCAAUAGAAUUAAAGUUUGUUGUUUAUUAAAAAGCAUAAUGUUUUAGGGGAAAACUGCCUUCCUGCAUAGAAAUAUAGAAUAGCAACGUUUAUGGGUUUAUGGAUAUCAAAUAAAAGAUUUGAAUUCCUUA